AUGGAAGAAGAAGAACAUUCUAUAAUGAAUAAUAAUAAUAAUUCAAAUGAAAUUGCUCAAAUAACAUCAUUAUCACAUGCUCGCCAUUUACAGAUUCGUCGAAGUAUUUUACGGCAAACUGCAUCGCUACGUGCAUCUCCUUAUAAUUCAAUAUUCUCUAAUUUAAGACGAAGACAAACGUCUAUUAUAGCUUCUCAAACAAUAAGUAAUUUAAUAUCUAAUGUUGAUAAUAAUAGCAGUCAAACUAAUGCUAACACUUUACCUAUUGAUCAAGAUAACAUUGAAGUUUUUCUACCGGAAGCGGAAACAAUUCAAGAUAAUCUUCCGGUAACAUCUAAUGAUGAAACUGAUAAUGAAAAUUUUGAAGUCUUAGUUGAUUUUUCGAAUCCAUCGCCGAUUGAUUUAACUAUCACCAAUGAAAAUUAUACUUCAAGCAAUGAACAAAAUCCAUCUUAUCAUUCAUUAUCAACUGUUGAUUUGGAUCCAGAUGAUUAUGGCGAUGAUUAUUAUGUUGGUGGUGAUGAUGAUGAUGAUCAUCGUUUUUAUUAUACGUCAGCAUCAAUACCGAUUAUUGAUUAUUCGCCAUCCACUUCAACAUCAUCAACAGGAACAACAGCGGAGCCGUUAAUUAUUCAUGAUCAUCCCCUGGAUAUAACACAACAUCGAUAUUAUGAUGAAUAUUCGCCAUCAAUAAAUAAUAAUUCAAAUAAUGAUGAAGAUUUAAAUAUUGAAAUUAUACUAGAAAAUCCACAAACUAAUACUUCAUCAAUAAGACAACGACGAAGACGGUCAAUCAUUUCAUCAAAUAUUCGAAAUAAUCGAGGUUUACGUUUAUCAGAUAUAUUAAGUAUUCCACAAAAACUAUAUAAUUCACUUAAAGAACAAAUAAAUGAUGAAUAUCAACAAACAGUAAUGAUUAAUACACAAUGUUAUGUUUGUUUAGAAGAUUUUAAAUCGACUGAUUCAAUUAAAAUACUUGAUUGUCAACAUAUUUUUCAUAGUGAAUGUAUCAACGAAUGGUUACGUAGUCAUGCGACAUGUGCUUAUUGUCGAACACCAGUUUUUAUUGAUAUGUUACGACCAUUAUCAUCGCCACCACCACCACCACCAACAGCAGGACGUCGAGAAAGAACACGUACACGACGAAAUCAUAAUACUAUUCAAAGAACUUCUACAAAUAAUUUACUUCAACCAAUUUCUAUUGAAAAUUCGACGUUUCAACAACAAGAAUCUUAA